UUACACAGUCAAAGGAUGCGUAAAAAAAUCAUAAGCCGAAACGCCAUAGUCCAAGUGUCGACCGAAUAUUAUAAAAUAUCCAAAACCUAUACCAAAAAUAUGGAUGCCAAAGCAGCUACUACAGCACCUCAAUCGUACCCAGCGACACCACCCUACGCAAAGGGUGCCCGUUCGUCGCACCAGUAUUUUAGUUUAAGAUGGAAUAAUUAUCAGUCAAACAUGACGUCCGUGUUUCAUGAACUUUUGGAAACGCAAUCUUUUGUGGAUGUCACACUGGCAUGCGAAUACAAUUCAUUGAAAGCGCAUAAGGUGGUGCUUUCGGCAUGCUCGGCUUAUUUUCAAAAAAUAUUGCUUGAUAACCCCUGUAAACAUCCAACGAUUAUUUUACCUGCAGACAUAUGUUUUUCGGAUUUACAGUUUAUCAUAGAAUUCGUCUACCGCGGAGAAAUAGAUGUUUCUGAAGCAGAACUACAGAGUCUGUUACGAACGGCAGAGCAGCUAAAAAUCAAAGGACUAUGUGAAGUAAGCGAGCCUCAGUAUGAACAAGACUUUUCGCCAUCUAUAAAACGUUACAAACCGUAUCGUUCCCGAUCACCAGAAAAUCGGCAUCCACCGCCGCCAGGCUCACUAUCUGCUACAAACACGCGGAGCGGCCAAUCUUCCUCACAGCACAACAAUAACCAAAGUGGACAGGAUUCCAAAAGUGGCCAUAAGUCUUCUUCCGGUAGGAGUCACAGUAGCACCUCAGAAUCGGUUCCAAUUGAUAAUGGAUCAUCGCCUGUUGUAGUGUUAGAAUCACGUGAUUUAACUCCAACGACAGGCAAGGAAGCAAAAGGCAAAAUGACGAGCCUUGGAAUGGGUGUUGGAAUAAACGGUUCAGUAAUGGGCGUUUCGAUGGGCUAUCUAGAUUUUGCUCCGGAGCCUCCUGCGCCGACAGCAACACCAGUGACAGAACAUGUUGAUAUCAAUUGUGCUCCUAGCCAUGACACACGUGAUCUGUCUAGUAAGUAUUCUAUUUCCAACAACGGUGACAUCCGUGUGAAAUUCGAAACACUACGAUCACUAGACCCACAAGACGCGAUACAACUGGAUAAUCAAGUUGCCCAUCAAAUGCACUCGCAGUCACAACAGCAACUACAACACCAGCAGAUGUUGCACCAGCAGCAGCAACAACAGCAUUUAAUACAACAGCAACAUCAACAUCAACAACAGCACCAGCAGCAACAAGCUCACCGACAGACGCCUCAGCCUCAACAAGUCGACCAGAGGUUAUCGCCACAUCAGCCUUCUCCACAACAGCAACCACAGCACCAGCAGCAUGUCCUGCUCAUCGAUCAGCAAUCGCAACACUCUCACCUUUCCACUCACAGCCCUGCAUCAAAUGCAUCGAGUUCGUCUAGCCAGCAUCAUCCGGAAAAUCUCGUCACCGUAGCUUCCUCUACCGCAGAUAAUGGUACGCCAAUGGAAAUGAAAACUAGAAUUACGCUAAAGCAAGAGAUUAUAAGUGAAACCGAACAUCAGCAGCAGCAUCAACAGCAGAUGGAAGUCGAGCAAGAUCAAUCGUCGAUGCACGGUAUGGUCGUGACACCGGAGAUCUCGGGAAUGAUGAGCCAGAGCCAAAUGAGUGAUAUUUAUCAAUCAGAUGCUAGUGAAGAUUCAAAGGUUGGCAUUCUGGACAGCUCAACGAUGCAGUAUACUAACCUAACCAGUCCAAAUGCUAGCGAUCCAAAGACACCAAGUGGUCCAAAAACAUGGACGGCGGAAGAUAUGGAGUCUGCUCUGGACGCCCUACGGACUCACAAUAUGAGUUUAACGAAGUCUAAAAAAACUAAAUUAAAGGCUUCCGCUACAUACGGCAUACCAUCGACGACGCUAUGGCAACGGGCUCAUCGACUUGGAAUAGACACGCCAAAAAAGGAGGGCCCUUCUAAAACGUGGAACGAGGACUCGUUGAACAGUGCCCUGGAAGCACUAAGGACUGGCACGAUAUCAGCCAACAAGGCAUCAAAAGCAUUUGGCAUUCCAUCUUCCACCCUGUACAAGAUUGCUCGACGGGAGGGAAUUCGACUCGCUGCACCAUUCAAUGCUGCUCCCACCACAUGGUCCGCAGAAGAUCUUGAUCGUGCCUUAGAAGCAAUUCGGGCUGGUCAAACGUCCGUGCAAAAAGCAAGUACCGAAUUUGGUAUCCCUACUGGUACACUGUAUGGUCGUUGCAAACGAGAAGGAAUCGAACUGUCUCGAUCCAACCCUACCCCUUGGUCAGAGGAUGCUAUGAUGGAAGCUUUAGAGUCAGUCAAGCAGGGGCACAUGUCGAUAAACCAAGCUGCCAUCCAUUAUAAUCUACCGUAUAGCUCGUUAUAUGGUAGAUUCAAACGAGGCAAAUAUGACACACCAAACAACGCCAAUUCGUCACAUUCGAAUCACGGAGGAGGGGGCGCCGGCGGAGGCGGUAACGUCGGCGGCAUCGGAGGCAUCGGAGGUAACGUGGUAACAUCAGCGGCGACGAUGGCCGGCGUUACCAGCAGUCCGCAGAUGGAAUUUAAAAUAGAACCUCAACAUAGUGAACAUAGUCCAGAGAACACGCAACAUUAUAAUCCUGCGCUAACAACAUCACUAACAACGUCGUCCGCGCCGCCAUCGACCCAAACCCACCACGUCGUACCGUCGCAAUCGCCAGUCAACAUUCACAUCAUAAACGCCAAUCAUCACCAUCAUCAGUUGCAGCCGACUCCGCCGCCGCCGCAUCAAACUGUUGCGACGACGCAUCACACUUUGCAGGGAGCGCAACCACAGCUGAUUCAACAUCACAUCAUUCCGCAGCAGCACCACAUAAUAUACCAGCAGCCGCUCCAGCAACUACAACAACAGCCGCAGUACCAUCCGAUGUAUCACAUCAUAAAACAGGAAAACGAUAGAAGUUGAAACUAUCGCCACCCAGGAAUGACGAUAUCAUCGUCGUCAGUAUCAACGCUACCGUCGUCAUCGCAUUUGGCAACAGGUACUGGCGGUAACCAGGAGCAUUUGCAGCAUCUGAGCCACUUGCAACACUAUCAUCAGCUGCAACAUCAUCAUCAUCAUCACCUCCCACCAACAUCAUUACAAGUACCACAUUCUUCUAUACCUAGUUACUAUGAUCGCAGUAAUUGCUAUGUUUCUGACAGACCUGCAACGUCUUCUACCGUUGUGCCUAAUCAACGUUCUUGUAGGCAAACUUUAGAAAACAAAGAGUCGAAUUACAAUCACAAUGAUUAUCAAACAUUGAACCAUAGUUUGCAUGACGCUAGCGAUCAAAGUAACUGUGAUUAUGUCGCAAAAAAAAGAAAAAAAAGGUACAGCCCAACGAAUGCUAUUGGUGGGGAUGAUGGUAAUGAUAAUAAUAUUGACGAUCAUGAUUACGCUGAUAAAGUGACACGUGAACAGUAUGUUAAGUAUCGCAAUAGCGAACAUGGACAUUAUUAUAAUGAUAAUAAUAAUAAUAACAAUAGAAAUAAAAAUAAUAACGACGAUAGUAACAAUAAUAGUAGCAGUAGUAGCAUUCGAAUUGGCAGAAUAAAAAUACAAAACUAGUAAGAGUAAUAAAUCAUUACUUUUCAUUGUAAUGAACUCAUGCACCCCACAUGAGUUCAUUACAACUCAUGACACCCACACGUAGAGAAGUUGUUAUCAAAUAAUGAAAUACAUUGGAGAUAUUAUUUUAGAUAAGCAAAGAGAAGCAUAACAAGCAGUUUGAUUAUCCGGCUCUCAGGAUUUAUUUUUAAUUUUUCAUGUAACACGCAUUUUAAACAGCUUCUCCAAAAUCAUGAGAAGUGCUUUAAAUAUUCUUCCAAAUAUGCAAGUAAAAGUACGGUAGUCUAAACGUAAAACAAAAACUGAUAUUGUUAUAUUAUUACUUACUAGUUUAUAAAGAGAACGAGCAAAAUUAAAACAGAUUGAUAAUCACUAUUUUUUAUGGAACACAUUUAAGCCUGCACAUUUAUAUGCUUCCAGGUUAUCGAUAUCUUAUAAUCUGUUCGGCAGAGCCUUCACCCAAACACACAUCAUAUAUGCAGUUUUUCACCCAAGAACAAUAAUAAACCUCUGAUUGUUACAACGCUUAUGUUUUGUUGAUCUAAAACGCAUCCCGAUUGUAACAGAAACAAUAGUAAAUAAUUUUAAGACAAGGUUUAAUUAUUCCUAUUUUUAUCGUUAUUUUUUAGCGUUUUAUAAUUUAUAUAAAUAUGAAAUCUAUGUGUAACCUUUUUAGUUCCAACUAAAAAAACUUAAUGGUAAAAUAAAUCAGGUAGAAGCAGUGUGCACACUCCCAUAUCAAAGUAACAUUAUUAUAAAAGGGAAGCUACGAGAACAUUUUCGUUGCUAUUAUUAUAACACAUCGACUUUUUGCAUAAUUUGUAUUUGAAAACUGUUUUAGUUCUCAUGAGCAUAUUUCCAAGAGAAUCAAAAUGCUGCUUUUGCUGUGUUGUUUUGUUUUAAAUUAGAAGCUUGUUUUUCCUUCAAAUAUAUGCUUCAGAGAAAAAGUAAAUAAGGUUGAACAUAACAUAAUGGCAAAUCAAGUAUUUCAAAAAAAAGUUCUGAUCGUGGCGUGAAAUGAUUAAAUUACUUUCAAUCAGUUAUCAUCCUUCAUUGCAUUGCUUCCUUUAUACUAGAUUUCAAUCAUACCGUUGUAGGACGAUUUCAUCUAGAGAAAUAAAUUUUUAAUUGCAAAAAAAGUAUUUGGAUCAUUGUACGUCAUCGUUAGUUCUACCGAAUGCAAAUGUUGAACAUUGUUUAAUUUAACAUAUAAUUCGAUGGUGUUGAUUGCGAGAAAAUUUCUAAAUGUAAAACUGAAUAUCAUUUCAUAUGUUGUAAGAUACGACGUGGUAACUGAUUUUUUGUUAAACAAGGAAAAUUUUUAGUUUGCAGGGCUGGCUACUAAGUCACAGUGCAAUGGUCGUAUCGUUGAAAUCAAAUUCAAAGAUAAAAUCAGACACCACCCGUUACGACUAAAAUCUUAUCGGAUAAAUUGAAAAUACAGCGCGUGAAAAUAGUACGCAAUUUACUUAGAAUUUACCAUGAAAACAGGUCAAAAUUAGGGCGCAGAAUUAGGAAAGUGCGAGUAAAACUAGCGAUUUAUGAGAUUGAACGAUUAGAAAUCAUUGAAUCUUUAGGCGUAGAUAGAUAGAAACCCUUAAUCCAUUAAAAAACUUCCUCUUGUGAAACGUUUUCUUUUAUCAAAGUGAUCAGUAAUUACUUGCUAUAAGCAGGGUAGAAAAACUAUUCCAGGAUUGGUGGAACAACUUAUAGCUUUUCAUUCUGCUUGUUUUUGUUCCCGAAGGCCAAGUGAAGGAAAAACUAAACAGAGAUACAUUUAGUUACAGGACACUAAAAAGAACAAGAUCAUAGCUACUGUUGCAAAUGUAUGCAUAUUUGUGUGUAUUCAAGUGGUGAUUCAAAUGUGAAUAAACAUUGGUCACUUAGCGCAAGUAGAAAGUAAAAAAAAAAACUGAAUACAAGUAUGUUGACUGUCAAACAAUGUCGUCAAAAAUUACAGCGUUGGUGUUUUAUUUCACAUUUUGCAGCCCUUUUUAGUUAUCUAAGUUUCUUUUUUAUCCAUAUAUUUCAUGUUCUUAAACAUUUGGGUUUCUUACUUUUUUCUGUAGGUAUUUCUCACUUUCUUCUGUUGCUUUUACUUCCAUCUGCUACGGGACUUUGUUGAAAAGAAUCCAUUGGAAACAUAGAUCCCCACCAAAAAAAAAAAAAAAAAAAUCAAGAAAACCCCAGGCUAGAUAUACCAAUGGGAAAUAAUCGUUGAACAGAAUUAGACUCGGUAGAGACAAAAAAUCAAAAAAAAGCUACAGCACAUCAGUUUUAGCAAAAAUGAGACGUCUUAUGUCUUAUAUUUAGACAACAAAAUUAGUGAAACUGAUAAGUAAAUGAAAUAAAAGAAAAAUCUAUUCACAACAGUAUGUGCAGUACACUAACAAUAGUAGUAUCGAUAACGUGUACAUUUUAAUAAGAAAACUGAAAACAGUGGUAAUAAAAACAGAAGAGCAGUAACUAACAACUGAUAUGUGUACAAAAUAAACAAGAAAAAUAUAUACAUCCAUACCUUAUAUUAUAUAUAUAUAUAUAUAUAUAUACAUAUUAUAUGUGAAAAUGAAAACAA